UCGGCUGGCCGGCCGGCCGAUGAUGAAGAGAGGACACGAAGAUCCAUCGUUCAUGAGACCAUGAUUUUUCCGGAACAGAUCCGAGUAUCCGACAGUUCGCCUUCCCGUCUUUCCCUCUCCCCCCACACCCGGUCGUCGUCGUCGCGGCGUGAGCGUCUGAGCGAGCGUGCGAGAGCGAGAGGGGGGAACACAAAACCCUAGCACCGUCGCCGACGGACGCCAGAGUAGAGAGAUGGCGGUGGACGAGGUGAAUUCGGUCUACGUCGGCAGCCUUCCCUACGAGGCCAACGAGGAGAUGCUUCGCGACGCCUUCGGGUACUACGGCACCAUCGUCUCCGUCAAGGUGAUUAAUGAUCAUACUAUCAAAGGCAAGUGUUAUGGUUUUGUUACUUUCACUCACCCCAGAGCUGCUGAGCAAGCAAUUGCAGGCAUGGACGGCAAGAAAUUAGGCAAUCGUAUUAUUCGAGUAAAUGAAGUGCGUACAAGAGGUCCCCGAGAUUUUGGUCGAGAUGGUUUUAGACGAGAUCCAAGAAGGUAUGGUAGAGAUCCAUACUGGGACAGAAGGGAUAGGGAACAGAGCUAUGAUCGUGAAAGAGAUCCCUACCAUGACAGGGAUAGUGAUAGAUCCCGCGAGCAUGAUAGAGAAAGAGAUUAUGAGCAUGGUGGCUUUAAUAGAGAAGUUGACUAUCCCAUGGAUCGAGAUCAUGAAGUAGACGACAUACAUCCUAGAGAACAUGAUCGUGCAGCAGAAACACAUAAUAUGGAUUCAGAUAAUGACAAAUAUAAGGAACAUGGAUCAAGAAAAAGGUUCAGCCACCCAAAAGGUCGUGAUAGCAAAGAUUUAUCGAGUUCCAGUGAUCUUCAAAAUGAUGGGAAACACCAGUUGGAUAAAACUAUUCAGAUGCGUGAGGACCUUGAAAAUGAGGUUAGCCAGAUUAAGGAUAAAAUCUCUGCGAAAGGACAACACAUUGCAGAUUUGCAGAAGAAAGCUCAGAAAUUAGAGGACGAACUGGCUGCUGCACGGAAAGUCUCUUCAGAACGACAAUUAGCUGUUACAGACCUGUACAAACAUUUUCUUCAACUCCAAGACUACAACGAUAGGGUCAAAACAGCUGAACAUAGGCUGCAGGUUUGCUUAUGUUGUUGGCAAGGUGAGAACGGUGCGCUGAUCCUCUGUUUUGAUUCUAGUCUCUUGUUGACGCUGCCAUGGCCGAGCUUGACAUGGCCGAAGAUGCUACUACCAGAGAUGGCUCGAUGUAUGAGAACGGCGUGGUUUGAACACCCAAAGGGGGCUGCCAGCUGUCAUGUCACGGCUUGUGAGGUUUACUAAUUUGUUAGAUUUGUAGUUUGGAUUUGCCAUGUAUAAUAGAACUGUACUGUAACUAGAAACGGGAAAAUGUUGUGUAAGGAUCAGGGAAUGAAUGGCUGCACAGUGCACAUUUGCUAUGGCUUGUUUUUUUUUUUCAAAGUUGAAUUUAUUAGCCGGCCUGACUAUUGCUGAUACGGUAUGAUCUGCCCUAA